AACUCCUGCAAAACAUUGUGCCGGUCAGUCAUUUAGUGGACACCUAACUAUUUAAAAAUACCACAAUGAAAUACUUUCUGCUCAUAAUUUCUGCCGUCGUCGCAGUCACGUCCGCCGGCCACGUGGACCUCGCCUUAAAGGACAAAGUUGCUCUGGGACUCGUCACCGAGGCGAUAAUCGAGCUACCCCAAAUUACAUCGGAAAUUGAAGCAAACACCACACUCCAAUCCUUAUCUGGAGACGAAAAGGUGGCUCAGCUCGUCUCAAAUUUACAGAAACUUACGAAAUCCUCGCAAUUCGGCAUUGUCUCUGCUGCUCAAGACCUCGGCUUGGAAACGGUACAAUUUUGGGUGUCAAACAUCAUCCUAGUGAAAGGACUCACGCUUCAAAAACUGGUCGCCUUGGAGAAAGUUGAGGGAAAUUUUGUCGUCCGGGAACAAAAUGUGGUAUCAAUUUUAGGCCAAGAGUUUGAUAAGGGGUUUAAUGCCACUCAGCAGAUCCCACAGUGGGGUGUCGAAAGGAUUCGGGCCCCAGAAGUCUGGGCCAGCCUGACGCGAGGAGAAGGCUCUGUCGUUGCCAUCAUCGACACUGGCGUAAAUCUUGGUCACGUCGCACUUUCUCCGGGGUACGCGGGUGCCUGGCUCGACCCAUAUUACGCCACACCCGGCCCAACUGACCAACAAGGUCACGGAAGUCAUGUCAUGGGAACGGUACUAGGUCGCGAGAACGGCGUCGGCGUUGCCCCUGGCGCGAGUUGGAUCGCUUGUCGCGGUCUGAACCACCAAGGCUCCGGAACGGAAGCGGUUCUAACUCAAUGCGCCCAAUUCAUGCUGACGGCCAAUCCACGCCCACACAUCGUCUCGAACUCGUGGGGCGGUGGCUCUGGCGACACGUGGUUCAACUCGCAAAUUAAUGCCUGGAGAGCGGCAGGAAUGAUUCCGAUUUUCGCGAUAGGAAAUUCAGGGUCGGCUUGUCGAUCCGUAAACUCUCCGGGGGACCAGCCUAACGUGAUUUCCGUUGGGGCGACUAGCCAAAUGGAGGCCGUGGGGUCAUUUUCGUCACGCGGACCUUCCCAGUCUGGGGGGAUUAAACCCGACUUUGUCGCCCCGGGGUCGAACAUCGUGUCGUGUGGGACGGGGGCAAAUAAUUAUGUGACGAUGUCAGGAACGUCGAUGGCGACCCCGCAUAUGGCUGGCGCCGUGGCGCUUUACUUGGCGCAUUUCCCAACGCAAGGUUACGCCGAUGUGUACGAUGCCUUUGCCAGGACGGCGGUUAAGCCUCCCUUGAGUGAUGUGGAUUGCGGACUUCCAGAGAGUGGAUAUUAUCCGAAUUAUGUGUAUGGUCAUGGUCGUAUUGAUGUCGCGGCGGCGAUGGGACUUUAAUUAUUAUGAGGGUUUAAUUAAUUUUGUGUAAUUAAAUGGUAUACAUGCAUAAGUAAUUAAUUUGAAUAAAUUAUAAUCUGUUUUGAUUGAUGUAUACAAAGUGUAGAUUGCAAGUUAAUUUGCAUGCACAAUAUUACUCAAUAUCUGUUAACAAGUAAACUAACUUAACGUAUCAAUAUCAGCUCUGACUUAUCUCCACGAGUAACAGUUUAGAGGUCGGAUCAUUUACUGAGUUACUGGCAUCUCAUUCAGACACUGUAAAGUAACAGUCGUUAACUGUACAAUUAAGUAUUUUAAAUAAAAUCGUGUCCCAGAAAAUUCUCCAGCAAUGUUUGAAUUUGGUAAAUUUUUUGUCGCCCUUCUCCUGGCCGUGGUCGCAUGGGGCGAGUAUGAAAUCAAAAUAUAUUCCGAUUAUGAUCAGCGAGGCGAAUUUAUCACAAUUGACGCAAAAAUUCCCGAUCUCUCGGAAUCAAAGGAAUUUUUAAGCAGAGCGAAAUCAUUCUGUGUAAAUUCUACAAAUCGUUGGUCUGCAUUUCGUGACACGAAUUAUGACAUUUUCCUCGACGCCUUUACCACAUGUGGAAACUACAAUUAUUUCCAUCUCGCAAAUUCGCUUCGAUUUCUGGGACCGGCCGACACUACAAUUCCAGCCAUCACGGUGACCUCGGGGUCACACGGGAAUGUAAAUGGAGGUCGGGAACUUAUCAUUGGAGUGGAUGAAGCGACAAGUUUUGGAUUCGUUCCUGUCCGUAGCAUCGUUUUGACGGGGAGGUCCAACUGGACGCUAUUUUUUGGGGAGAAUUUCUCCGGAGUGAGUUGGUGUUAUCGGGGUGGAGACUUGGAUUAUUCGGUUAAAUCUCUUUUACAUGAUUUCGCCUCGGUGAGGAAGGGGUGUUAGGGAUGGAAAAAUACAAAAAACGUAGAAGGGCAAAUUUUGCAAAGUUGUGAUGUGUGGCAUAAUAUCUCUAUGCAAAUAAGCAUGCAGUGACAUACAUACUUACUUAUUGCAAUAUACCUAUUUAAAUAAGUUUUAUCUAUUACUUGAA